AUGGCGGCGGCGCGGCCUCAGCACCGCUCCCGCAGGCGGAAGGAUACCUCUCCGGAUCUCACUCAGGCUCUCUCUCUACCUCUCUCUGGCCCUUCCUCCGAGAACGGCUUUGUGUCCCAAGGAGAAGGGCUCGGGGCCUGUUCUCAGGUCAAGGGGCGGAGCUGGAGUUCUUCGGUUCCCUCCUCGGCUCCCUCCCUCCCUCGCCAUCGCUCCUAUUGGGGCGGGGACGGCUUCCCCCGCCGUCGCCUUGGCAACCACCGAUGCGUCAUCACUAAGGGCCUGACUAUGCUCUCUUUCUCUAUCCCGCGCGCUCUUGCGACGUCACGCUCGCGGCACUUCCGGCGCGCCGAGGAGAGGCCGAGGGCGGGCCCAGGCCGAGGAGGAGGAGGCGGCGGCGGCGGGAUGGAGGAGCCUGGCCGCGGUGGGGCCGAGCCAAGCGGGGGAGAAGGAGGCGGCGGCAGCGGAGGAGGAGGCGGCUCCGGGGGCGGACAAGAAGAGGAGGAAGGCGGGUGA